CUUUGAUUCUCUGUCAAGGACUACCCUCUGGACCUCGCCGCGAUGUUCUCGAAGGCCUUCGUCGCGCUCUCUGCCCUCCUCGUCGUUCCGCAUGUGAUCGCACACGGCGUGGUCACUUCCCCCACGCCCCGAACGACGGGGGCCGCGAGCGAGGCCGCUUGCGGGUCAGCGGUCGUCAAGAAGCUUGGGUCUGACAAGUAUGGUCCCAUUCAAGAUGCGCAAGACAAAGCGGAUGCUGACUACGAUGAGGCUGCGUGCUCGAUCUACUUUUGCCGCGGAUACAAGUACGAGGACAACACGGAUAAGGUACAGACGUACUCCGUCGGCGACGUUGUCGCGUUCAAGGUCGACAUGGAGGCGCACCACACUGGCAUAGCGAACGUGUCCGUGGUCGAUAACGCAAGUCAGUCUACCAUCGGCGAGCCGUUGAAGAACUGGCCUGUCUACGCCGACGACACCCUAGGCCCUGCCGACUGGCCGCCCGAUGAGACCGACUUUUCUGUCACGAUCCCCGACGUCACCGAGCAGUGCUCGGAGGCGGGCGCAUGUGCCAUCCAGUGGUGGUGGUACGGGACGAAGAACGACCAGACCUACGAGAGUUGCGUCGACUUCGUGAUUGGGUGAAGGGUGAGGCGUUCGGAGGUAACUGGUAGUGCCCCGGUGAUCAUGCUUUCUAGUUACAGGCUCGUCAAUUUCUCGACAUAUUGUGUUGUCUACCAAGAAUACAUGUUCUUUGUCACAGUA